CUGAGACGGGUGACAGGGCUAUACUGGUGGCCUCCGGAGGGGCCAGGGACCUGGGCAGUGGGCGGGGCCGGCCAGGCUGGGCAGGCGGAGUCCUGGGCUGGGGGACGCAGGACACUGCGGGACUCGGGUGCUAGGAACAGAGAACCAGCACGAAGGCACCACCCAGGCCUGGCAGUGAGGAAAGACGCCUCGGGACAGAUUCUAGAACAGGAGCCGCUGUGGCAGGAACAUGAGGUCCAUGCAGAGGGGUCCGUGGGUCUAGAGGGCACCUCUGCCUGCAGCCAGCACUGGCUACGAGCUGUCCUGGGGGACUGGCUUCUCCAUCCCCACUCCCACUCCCCACCCCAGGCUGCAGUGAGAGCCGAGGGUGCCACUGAACAGUGCAGGGACAGUCCUUGACGCUGGGUGGGGACAGCUGCCACUAGUCCCUUUUAAACUCCUUUGCUUCUGGGCCCCUUGGUGGCUGGCAGACCCAGAGAGCCUGGCUUAGACCCCCGUUCCAGCUGUGCUCAUCUGUGUCUGUUCCUCAGUCUGCACCCUCAUGGGAGCCUGCGCCCACCAUCCUCUCCCUCGUGCCCUGGCUGCUGCCUGGGCCCCGAGAGCUCCCCCUGCCGUCCUCCAGCCCCCAAGCUGUGGGGGCAGCGCACUUCUCAGGGGCGGGGGCCACGCCCAGCAGCAGGGCGUGAGCUGGAAUAGCUCCUGGUGCCUCCUACAAGUCCCAGCGUGGUGCUCCCUGGUCCCCUGGCUCCAAGGCAACUUGGGCGGAGCUGGGGCUGCUGGGGUGUGGUUGGCAGUGAGGAGCAGAGCUGGCCCAGAGCCAGCUAGGCAUGGGGGCAGGUCCUGUGCGGGCGCCCGCUGUGCAGGGGGUCUCCGUACCACUGAGGCGGGCACGGCUGGCACCUGCGAAGGGACAACUUGGAAUGGCCUCCUGGGAUCCCCAUCCAGCCCCACCCCCACCCCAUUGCUCUGGGCUGGGCCCUGCAGCCUGUGCGCUAGCUGGUCUCUGGGAGGUGCUGACACCUUGUCUAGGAGCCCCAGGGGCCUGGGGGGACUGGGGCAUCUUCUCAGGGAGGGGGAGGGCUCAGGGCUCGGAAGCUUCCAGAGAGUCUGGGGAGUAACAUUUCCAGGCUCCGCUAACUGCCCACUCCCCUGCUCAGGGUCUGCAGGGAGAUGUCCCCAGGGCACCUGGGAGAGGGACCUGGAGGCGUGGGGCAGCCUGGAGGCGUGGGGCAGCGACCCUUGGAGGUGCCCGCUGGCCUCUGGGAGGGAGGGGAGGCUGGCAGGAGGCAGGCGCCACGGGGCUUCCCCCGCGUCCUGGCACCUUCACUACUGGCCUCCCCACGGGCUCUUGGCUCAGCUCUGCUUAGCACCAGGGUAGAGGCCAUCCAGCCGCCUGACCCGCCCAGCCUCAGCCCUGCCUAGAGCGUCACCGCCAGCCUGCCUGCACCUGUGCGAAGGUGCACGAGGACCCGGGGCGGCCAGGCUGCCCCGCCCUGCGUUGUCUGGGGGCCCCAGGGCUGGCGUGGAGCCGGCAGCCGGGUCCAGCGUCCUGCUCUCCCGAGGCCAUCUCAGCUCCGACAGUCACCCGGCCAGCCUCCCAUCCGCACCCGUUCCGCAGGGCCGUCGGGAAGCGUGCUUUCUCCCCCCGAGACUCCUGCUCUUCCUGUCAGGCCACAGGGCCGCUGCGACAGUGCCCCAGACGGAGUGGGUCCUCUGCCGCGCAGACUUCUCAUGCCUUUGCCCUGUUCUCACGUGCGGGGGAACGGGGGUCGCUCUGGGGCAUUUCUUGUGGGUCACUGCUCCCAUUCUUCGUGACCCACCCCUCCCCAAGGCCCCGCCUCCCACUUCCAUCACCUGGGGGGGAGGAUUUCCGUGUGGGCAUUUCGGGGUGACACAGAGUAUGGCCCACAGCAGCGCCCUUCUCUUACGUGCUCCUCAGCAGCCCUCAGAGUCCCAGUGGCCUGUGUCCCUCCCAAGCAGGGAUACCAGGCGCCAGAACUCUCCGGAACACCUGAAGGCACAGUCUGACCUUUCCAUGGUGUCCGGGGCUGUGGCCAGAGCCAGGCCCAGACUGGGGUCCCGGCUACACUGCAGGCUGCGGGUGGAGCCCCUUCCGCUCGGUGCGGGACACGGGGGAGGGUGGCCCUGGCGGAGCCAGGCGGGCGGGUCUGGGCGUGUGUCCCCAGCAUUUCCUUCCCGCUCCGCAGACUUUGACCUGCACCACCUGCGUGGGUUGCUCCCGGUGUCACUUCCGGCUCCACACAGCAGUCGGUGCCCCGGUGGGAACUGUGUCCUGCCAGUCCUGGGGCUGGCGUCUUCUCACUCCCUGCAGGCGGGCGUCUGAGCGUCCGUCGGGAAACCCCCUCGCCCCGCAGCCCCAGCGGCACGCGCAGGUGGUGGGGAGCCCCGUGCUCCCGUCUGGCGUCAUCACUCCUCCCAGCACCCCCAACCCCCACCGGGAGCAGGGGCCGCGUUGUCAGCACAGUCCCUGCCGUCAGGAGCACACAGGUGUCUGCACGGCACAGGGGCCCGGCAGCCGCAGCCCCGGGACCAUGAACGACACCUGCAGCAUGCCGGAGUGGCCCCCGCCCCUCACCUACGUCUUCUACGCCUACCUGAGCACGCUGCUGGUGCUCGGCCUGCUGCUCAACGGCCUGGCGCUCUGGGUGUUCUGCCGCCGCAUGCCGCGGUGGACCGAGACCCGCGUCUACAUGACCAACCUGGCGGCGGCCGACCUGUGCCUGCUCUGCGCCCUGCCCUUCGUGCUGCACUCGCUGGCGCACGCCUCCGCCGACACGCCGCUGUGCCAGCUCUCCCAGGGCGUCUACCUGACCAACAGGUACAUGAGCAUCAGCCUGGUGGUGGCCAUCGGCCUGGACCGCUACCUGGCCGUGCGGCACCCGCUGCGGGCCCGCAGCCUCCGCUCCCCGCGGCAGGCGGCGGCCGUGUGCGCGGCGCUCUGGGCCCUGGUCGUCGGCUCCCUGCUGGCCCGCUGGGUGCUGGGCACGCAGGAGGGCGGCUUCUGCUUCUCCGCCCACGCCCGCCACACCGCCAAGACCACGGUGUUCUCGCUCGUGGGCUUCUACCUGCCGCUGGCCGUGCUGGUCUUCUGCACCCUGCAGGUGGUGACCGCCCUGGCCCAGAGGCCGGCCACCGACACGGGGGAGGCCGAGGCCACCCGCAAGGCCGCCCGCAUGGUCUGGGCCAACCUGGCCGUGUUCGUGGUCUGCUUCCUGCCCUUGCACGUGGCGCUGACGGUGCACGCGGCCCUGGGCACGCAGACCUGCGCCAUGCGCCGCGCCCUCGGCCACGCCCUCUUCUUCUCCAGCAAGCUCUCGGACGCCAACUGCUGCCUGGACGCCGUCUGCUACUACUACAUGGCCAAGGAGUUCCAGGAGGCCUCGGCCCUGGCCACGCCCCCCAGCGCCAAGGCCCACAAGAGCCAGGACUCCCUCUUCGUGACCCUCGCGUAGGGGGUGCGCCGUGGGUGCCGUGGGCCAGGGCCGGGGGCUCCAGAGGUGCCCCCUCUCGGGGGACGCCGUGGGCAGCAGCAAGCCCCAGACGGGCCCUGAACUGGCUGUGGGCUGGGGCCUCUCUGGCAGCCCAGGAGCGAGAUGACCCCGGAACGGAUGGCCCGGGGACAAGGACAGAGACGAGGGCAAGAGGCCUGAGGCCUGAGCAAGGCUGAUCCCAGGGACCCGGGCCAGGCCACACACCUGCCACCCCGGACUUGGCACACCCGGGCAGGUGGAUUCUUGCAGGGUGUGGCGGGGCUGAGCCCCACCCCUGGGCGGGAAUGAAGCCCCCUGGGAGCUGGUCCUGGCAGGGCCCGUGUCACUGCCCUCCGGUGGCAGGAGGCAGGCAGCAGGCACGUGGCUCGGAGGGCAGGGGACGUAUCCCAGAGGACUCUCUGGGGCUCUCUACUUGGGGCCCUCUUUGGGCCCUGUCACCAUGCCCCACCUGUCUGGCCCUCUUGCAGGGCCGAGCUGGAGGCCCACACUGGAGGCCCGUGUUGGAGGCCCACGCCCACUCUCCUAGGGCCCAGGCAAGGCUGGAACGGGCUUAGGCCCAUGUAGGGCUGCGCAGCCAGGCUGGGGGGCGGCAAGA